AUGGUCACCACGGAAACUUUAGCAGUGGAAACCACUACAAUUGCUAAAUGCGCCACUGCUGCUGGUGGUAGUUCCAAUGCUGCUGCCGCUGCUCCUGCUGCUGCGGCUGCUGCUGCUGCUGCUGCUGCUGUUGCUGCUGUUGCUGCUGCUGCUGCUGAAAACACCACUUCUGCUGGUGCUGAGACGGAAAGCAUCACCAUUACGGAAACUUCAGCAGAAGAAACCAACACCACCAUGAAACCUGGUUCAGAAGCCUCAUCACCAGCCGUUUCAGACGUUCCACAUUCUGAUGCUCGGAAGCGCCAGGCGAAGGGAAAGGGGCAGACAGAGGGAGUGGCAGGGGGGGCGGAAACUACAGGGGGAAGGGAAGGGGGGGCAGGGGGAGGGGAAGAGGCAGGGAAGGGGGAAGUGGGCAGAGGGGAGGUGAAGGGGCAGGGGGAGGGGAAGGGGCUGAGGGAGGGGACGGGGGGGAGCGAGGGGGGAGAAGGAGGGCUUGGCACUUCUUCUGGUGCUGUCGCUGAAGCUAUGACAGAAUCUAGAAUUGAAGGGCUUAGCGUUGCUUACAGUGAUGUUGCCGAAGGUGCAAGCAGGCAACACCAUGUGCGGGUGGAUGCAAUGAAAGAGGCGAACCAAGAGGGCCUGGUGGAAGAUCCAGACGUGAACCCUGCCUUCGCUCCCUGCCCUUGCCCACCCUGCCCUCCCUGCCUUCAUUCCCCUCCUUUACCAAAACCAGGUGGAAGCAGGCAAACCAAGAGGAGCUCGUGGAAGACCCUCACCUCAUCCCUGCCCCUCCCUGCCCCUCCCUGCCCUCCCUGCCCUCCCUGCCCCUCCCUGCCCCUCCCUGCCCUCCCUGCCCUCCCUGCCCCUCCCUGCCCUCCCUGCCCUCCCUGUCCCCUCCCUGCCCUCCCUGCCCUCCCUGUCCCCUCCCUGCCCUCCGUGCCCCCUCUCUUCCCUCCCUGCCCCCUCCCUGCCCUCCUCUCCUCUCCCCCACAACAAUCACUACCCAACCAGGUGGAAGCAGGCGACACCAUGUGUGCCAUAGCUGACCGCUACUGCGUGCGGGUGGAUGCAAUGAAAGAGGCGAAUCAAGAGGGGCUAGUGGAAGAUCCAGAUGUGAUCUUCCCUGGAGACCUCCUCGUGGUUCCCCCCAAGGAAUGA